UGCAAAGCUCUGCUACUUACCAAAAGUCUGCCUACGGACAGAAAGAUGGCAUUUAAUGGAACUUGGAAAAUUGAGAAAAAUGAAAACUAUGAAAAAUUCAUGGAAGCAAUGGGUGUUAACAUGAUGAAAAGAAAGUUAGGAGCCCACGAUAAUCUGAAGCUCACUAUUCAGCAAGAUGGAAACAAAUUUCUUGUCAAGGAAUCGAGCAACUUCCGUACCAUCGACAUUGAAUUCACUCUGGGAGUCAGCUUUGAAUACAGUCUGGCUGAUGGGACUGAACUUUCAGGUUCUUGGAACCUGGAAGGAAAUAAACUCGUAGGAACGUUUACUAGAAAAGAUAAUGGAAAAGCACUCACAGCGUACAGAGAAAUUGUAGGCAGUGAACUUGUACAGACCUAUGUGUACGAAGGAGUUGAAGCCAAGAGAAUCUUCAAAAAGGAGUAAACACUUUAGCCAAAACAGCACUGGAAUCAAAAUCCUAUUAAAAGAAAGACAAUUUUUUCUACAUAUACUGUUUUGUUUGUUUGUUUGUUUGUUUUUUAAAUCUCCUCACAGCAACUCCUAAGCUGUGAUUAUCCAGCCCUAAUGAAAACACAACUUUACAUUUAGUGUUUUACCUCUAAAAAAUAAUCCAGUUAAAAUCUGAAGACUAAAAUGUUACUUGUGGGAAGUCUUACCUGAGUAACCAAAGGCAGCCAAAACUAUUUUCUAUAAUCAGAAUAUCAAUAUUUUUUGUACUGGUUCUUGAAUGGCAACUUUGCUUCCUUACCACGAUAUUUGUAGUGACAAAUGGUUUCUCUGUGUAUGGAGCAUUGUGUAAUAAGGAUGUGAAAGCUUAAGAGAACCCUGAGAACAAGCAAGUCUCAAGAACUGUAAAUAGAAAUAUACAAUAAAUAAAAAAAUAUGCUGAUAACA